UUGCCGCUCGCUCCAGCUGAGCUAAGAGUAGCAGCAGCACCAGGGCAGGGACUGACUCCAGCCCUUGGACUUAGGACAACGCAACACCUUCCCUUGCGUGCGUGACUCGUUCGCACAUCAUUUCUUUUUAUGCCUGGGGUGGGGAGAAAAAUCCCAAACCAGCUGUGUAAAUGAGUAUGGAAGAUUAUGAUUUCCUGUUUAAAAUUGUUUUAAUUGGCAAUGCCGGUGUGGGGAAGACGUGCCUAGUCCGACGGUUCACUCAGGGUCUUUUCCCCCCAGGUCAAGGAGCCACAAUUGGAGUUGAUUUUAUGAUUAAGACAGUGGAGAUUAAUGGUGAAAAAGUAAAGCUUCAGAUCUGGGACACAGCAGGUCAAGAGAGAUUUCGAUCCAUUACCCAGAGUUACUACCGAAGCGCCAAUGCCUUGAUUCUCACCUAUGACAUAACUUGUGAGGAAUCCUUCCGUUGCCUUCCUGAGUGGCUGCGGGAGAUAGAACAAUAUGCUAGCAACAAGGUCAUCACUGUGCUAGUGGGCAACAAGAUUGAUCUGGCUGAAAGGAGAGAGGUCUCCCAGCAGAGAGCUGAAGAAUUCUCAGAAGCUCAGGACAUGUAUUAUCUGGAGACCUCAGCCAAGGAAUCCGAUAAUGUGGAGAAACUCUUCCUUGACUUAGCGUGCCGCCUCAUCAGUGAAGCCAGGCAGAACACACUUGUGAACAAUGUGUCCUCACCCUUACCUGGAGAAGGGAAAAGCAUUAGCUAUUUGACUUGUUGUAAUUUCAAUUAAAGGCUGAGGCAAGAAGCAAAAGGAAUGAGCGGCUGCCCCGAUGGGCCACGAAUUGCUAGGGAGAUCUGGCUAUGACUGUGGCUCCUGCUCUCGGACCUUCUGACUCCUGUGGGCUCCUGAGCUUACAAAGCAUGGCAGGCCAAGGGCCUUGUCCACAGGCCAGCAUUAGCAGAACAUAUAAUGGUUUCACCCUUUUGCAGUCUGAGUCGGAGCAAGGAGAAAAUUUGCACUAGGCGCUCCAUGAUCUGCAGAGCAUGUUGCUUUUGUUUUUUUAAAAAAGCAAGUAAAAGUGCAUUCCUGAACACAGUCCAGGGGGAAAUGUACUGUAGGGAUCCCUCCUGCACGUCAGUGGGUGCAUGUAGGGGCUGUGCUUUAGGGCUUCUGGGGGCCCUGGUUUUCUUGUCUACCAGAUAAACCAAAACUGGGAAGGCCAAGUACUGUCUCUGUGGUGUGUGUUGAUGACCCCAUGGAGAUUUUCAAAAGUGUUAUUUCUCUUGUCCAUAGGCACUUUCAAGAACUUUGGGAUGUAAAAAUGAAAUGAAACCUUUACCCAUGACCAACAGUAACAGUCAUUGUUUUAAUAUAUACAAGCUCCAUGACUCCUUUUGGUGCUAAGGAUUCUGCUCUAUCACACACAGACCAAACAUUUUAGUACGUUGAUGUCCUUAAAUGUAUUACUUAGAAAUAAAAAAAAAUAAUAAGGGAAGCCCAUGAAUCAGCACUCUUUCUCAAAGUCUCAUUACUACCUUUUCUAGGGUGGAUUUUUUGGACAAGAGAAUACUUUCCUUUCAUGUUCCCCUCUAACUCUCUACCAUUUUCUUCUUCUAUUCUCUCAUUUUUCCUGCUGUUUAAGUAAAUGAAAAAGUUUGAAAAAUGAAAAAAUAAUGAUGGUUUGAUGAUAUUCCAGUAUAAAAGAGUAGCUCUAAGACAUUAUGAGUAGUAUGAGAAAACAGACCAGAUCCGACCAAAUACUGUGGAUUAAUGGACUGCAGUGCCGAGUUCAAGCAGAGCACAGUCCUUGGUAGCAGGUCACAUCUUUUACUUCGUGGUACUAUCCAUCUUGGACAGACCAAGGCUUAGGAUUUUGUAGAUUUUUUUAGUAUGAUAAGUGAGAAUAGCAUCAGAUGAAGUCUCACAAACCAUUUUUGUAUCUUCAAUGAUAACCGUAGAAAAAUUCUGCUUGUGGAAGCAGGUUGAGUAGUCAUUUGUCACCUCUCUCUUGUAGUAAUGUUACUCUCAGACUCAUGACAUACAUUCUUUCCUGUUUCUUUUUCUUUUCCUCUCUCUCUUUCCUGGUCUCCUCCUCUUUUCCUCCUCUUCACCCUCCCUUCCUUAUAUGCAUGUGUUACUGCAAAUCUCCAAUUCAGAUGGAGAUGUAUAUGCCUUUACUUAGCCAAUUUUAAAACAGGACUCAAAAUGGAAGAUGUGCUGCUGAAUAUGUGUUCCUAUUUCUUCAGUGUCAUACUUUGAUACCUUCUAAUUUGUUUACUGAUAUAAAUGCAAAUUGGGAAAAUAAUUAAACCUGUAUGCUGUUGAUGCUGUCAGAUGUUUCUGUAGCUUGCUGCUUAGCAUAACUGCAGGAUGAGAAUUGAAUUAGGGUAUGAUAUGUAAUUUCACUGUUGCUGUAGAUGGUGGCAAUCUCGGUCCUGAUAUGUUGAUGUUUGAAAGCUAUUUAAUUUUAGAGAAAUGAGUCAUAUAGAGACAUGAUCUUGACGCAGCAUUUCUAGCAUUUCUCUAGCAGGUUUCAGAGUGACCAAUCUCUUGCACGUAGGGAUUAUACAUAUUGUUUAAUGGGCUGAUACUUUUGAUUGGUCUCACUGUGUUUGUCCUGAUCCUAUGGGUAAGAGAAGAUUUCCCAGAAGUUUGGAUUGCUUUUAUUUUAGAAUCUAUCUCUACAGGAAAGAAACAUCAUUUUCAUAAACACCAACCAAAAUAAUUUAUAAUCGUUGCCUUUCCCUCCCCAUUUUCCCCACUAAGCCAGCAACUAAACGUAUUCAGAAAACAAGUUGAUCAAGGUGGCAGAAGAACUUGUUUUUAAACUGUGAAGAAAUGUUCUUAAGUUUGGAUUUUUGACCUAAAUGCAAGAUGAUAAAUCUAAUGUCCCCAGCACAACAUGACCCAACUUUGUCUCCCAGCAGAAAGUGUGUUGAAAAUAAAGUUGCUUUGUGAACUUAGAUGAUAGGACUUUGUUAGACUGGACAAAUUUUAUCAUAAGAUAACAGCUUCUAGGACCACUCUUGCAUUCUGAAAUUCUUGUUCCCCAGAGCUCAGCCUCCUCUGUCUACCCUUGCCCACUCUCAGAAGGGGAUUAGAAGGCUUUGCUCUUGGCCCCUUUCUUCCCUGUUACUCCUCCCAGCCUUCCUGUAACUUACAGUCACCCAUCCAUGGCCCGUCAGCAGGGACACAGAGAAUGUAGGGCUUUGUUUCUUUUUUUUCCCUUAGUUGUGUGAAUUCCAGGUUAGGCCUUCUGGACAUAUGUUCACUGAAGUUUCUCAAGUUUUAGAACAAUUCCUCACCAUAUUGUAGGUGCUCGAUAAAUAUUAGUUGAAUAAACAACUUAGUGCCAAGAGGAGCUUUUCUGGUUAAAUAGAAAUUUCUCAAAUAGAACUUGAGACAGGAUACUAAUUAAAUGUGGUUAUCUUAACCCAGGCCAAGACCUAAACUUAUUGGUUUGCCUACUAGUUCUUAUUGUCAUGGCAAUAUUUGCUAACAUGAGCCUUCUUAAAUAAAAAUGAAUUAUCGUUUAGUGGUGGAUGAAGAAGAGAGUUGCUUUCUCAUAAUUCAGUUUGGCUUGAUCUGACUCAUAAGACUUCCAGAGUCCAUGUCUGCUUCCAUUUUUGGUGUGAUCUUUUUCUUCUUUUAAUAAAGUUACUAAAUAUA